AUGAAAAGAGUUAAAAAAGAAAAGCUUUCUGAUGUGGAUGACAGUGCAGUACAAUCUCCUAAGAGCCAGCCACAGAAGUCGCCGGCACCGAAUCCGUCUGCAAAGAGUCAAAAAUCCACAUGCAGUCUCACGGGUCGUAAGAACCGAAAGAUGCUAAUCGAUGAAAACGCUCCAAAACGACCACCCAGCGCCUAUACAUUAUUCAUGACUGACCAAAGGCGAACGGGUGAGAAAAAGGAUCCGAAGGAGUUUUCGAUGUCCGCCUUGAUGAUCGAAAUUGGUCAUAAAUGGGCAGCAAUGACCGACGACGAGAAGCGUCCUUUUGUCGAGAAAGCUGAAGUUUUGCGAUUGGAUUAUGAGAAGAAGAUGGAAGCGUAUUCUAAAACUGAGGAAUAUAAAAGAUUCCAAGAGAAGAAAACAGAAAUAUUGAGAAACCGCAAAAGAAAAUCAAGGUGCCUGAAUACCUCAGUCGACGACGAUGCAGAUCUUGCAGAUACCAGUGCACCUAGCAACAGUAUCAGGACCCAAAUUGGUGACAUUUCAAUCUUCAACAUGGAAUUUUUGGAGUACAACAAAGAGCAAGAGAGCGAACUUAAAAAACUACGUCAAAAAUCAAGCGUUUUGGAAGAGGAGAAUCGACUUCUGAAGGAAAAUAUAUCCAAAUUGAAGAUGAAUAUCACAACAGCAAAGAAACAGCAACAAACGGACAGUUUUCGUGCACAAGAGAUAUUGAACUGCCGUGAGAACUGGUCAAAUGUUAUCACGAAUGCGCUCAGUGGUGUAGUUGUAUCCGGUGCAUUUUUGUAG